ACGCAGCAUGAGUCGGAGUGUUGUGCGUAACUGUGCGUCUGACGUCACCCCCCUUAGUAACCCUCGGCGGCGUCUCCAAGAGAGAAGGCAACAAGAUGGGAUUGCUGUCCAUCCUGCGUAAGCUAAAGAGCACACCGGACCAGGAGGUGAGGAUACUGCUGCUGGGUCUGGACAACGGAGGGAAGACCACCCUGCUCAAACAGCUGGCAUCUGAAGACAUCAGCCACAUCACCCCCACACAGGGCUUCAACAUAAAGAGUGUCCAGUCUCAGGGAUUUAAACUAAAUGUUUGGGACAUUGGAGGUCAGAGGAAGAUCCGGCCGUACUGGAGAAACUACUUUGAAAACACUGAUGUUCUGAUUUAUGUCAUCGACAGCGCCGACAGGAAAAGGUUUGAGGAAACGGGUCAGGAGCUGGCCGAGCUGCUGGACGAGGAGAAGCUGAGCGGCGUUCCUGUGCUGGUCUUUGCAAACAAACAGGACCUGCUGACCGCCGCCCCGGCCUCCGAGAUCGCCGAGGGCCUCAACCUGCACACCAUCCGGGACCGCAUGUGGCAGAUCCAGUCCUGCUCCGCCCUGACGGGCGAGGGCAUCCAGGAGGGCAUGAACUGGGUCUGCAAGAGCGUCAACUCCAAGAAAAAGUAGCUCCGCUUCCAGUCUUCUGCAUCUCAGGAGGAGCAGCAGCAGCAGCAGCAGUACACACACACACGCACACACUGACACACACCGCACCCUCCUGAGCCUUAGUACGAUGGGAUAAGCCUGUGAAUGUACACACUACUAAAUCCAACGUGGACUUGGACUUUUUUUUUUCAUGAUUUUAUUUCUCUUUUAACCCCCUUCAUUCCGUUUGCUAACAUCGACACAUCGGCCCGCGCCGACCCCGGCCGCUCGCCUUCAGAGGGAAGCCAUGCCAGGAAAUCAACCCCUCCCCGCCACACGCCCCACGUCAGCGUCGCCGUCCCGCCCAAUCACGGCCUCCGUCUGCAGCUCAUCGCGACCUCAGACAUUCCCGUUAAAACUGCAGUCGCCACUAAAAUCCCGACACGUCCGCCAGAAACCAAACCUCCAUCUCUGGACUCCCUCUCAUCUGUUGUUUUUACUCCUUUUUUUUUUUUUUCCCUUUCUCUCUCUCUCUCUUUAACCAUUCCACGAUGGCUGUAAGCGCUUUUCCUGCUAUGGCUCUGUUUGAAGUGAGGUAUAUUUUUGUAAUUGUUUUAUUUAUGGUGGUGAACUUAGAGUGUAGAAGUGCUUUUAAAAAAACAGCUUGUGUGUGAUUUCUAGGACGUUGCUGGAGAACGGCUCCAGCUCUCCCCUGCUAAAAGACGACACUACACUCCACUCCACUACACACGUGUGAAUAUGUAAAGAAAACAAGCAAGAUCAAGUGGCUACACAUUUCGACGGACUGUAAAUAGCUCGGCCCUGCGUUCAUAUGUUGAGUUAUGCACAUGUUAUGGAGUAUUUGUUACCCAGCUGUACCGUGUAGUCUAUAAUGUCUGCAUAUCUAAUAUAUGCUGGCAGAUUUUUAACAGAGGUAUACGUACUGUACGUCCCCACGCAUUUCUGCAUUUCGGCAUUUCCUUUUGAUAUUCUUGAAUGUAAUCUUGUCCAGAACUGAAGAUACUGUAUGUGAAUAAAAAA